CUCAGCCGGCCUGACGUUAGUCGAUGUCGGAGUCUCGGAAAGGUGGGAUCGUUCGCGUGCUCGCGCCCUCUCAUACCCCGUCAUUGUGUUCACUUGUCGUACGCGUGUGAAAAGGACAAUUGUGCAGCUAUCACAAAUGAGAUUAUCCGCAAGGGGGAACGACGAUAAGCAGCGAACAUUUGUCCGCAGCAUCGAAUACGAUAGUCGGGCCUGACUAUUGUCGGAUCGGAGAACGUUCGUCCAGAUAAUCAAGCCGGUACGAUUUGGUCUACCUGGAUCAUCGUGUCUAAAGUUGCUUUUCACUCCUUGUUGCCACCUACGUCGCGAUCUCGCCGUCGACGAUUUAUCUUCCACGACUUCCGACAGGAUCGUAAACACACCCGGAAGGGAAACAUUUGUCGGGAAAUCCGGCGAGCCUUAAUGAUAAUAGCGACCGUUAUAUCCGCCUGAGGGUUUUAUCAACGAAGAAUCUAGACGCGCGUUGGUACUGUCGUUUCUGUGCGAACUCUCUUCGAGAGUCUCUUAAAUUGCGAAAAAUGGAAGAAUUCUCUCGAAUCAAUUUCAAGCUCGACUUUCCGUAAAUACUAAUUUAGCGCGUAUUUUUGGAAGUAGCUGAAGAUUUAUCCUCGAUAGCGCUGUCACUAGCCGUGCGACCGGACGAAUGCGCAGGAAGAACAGAGAGAGAAAAUGCUCGGUUGGUCGCCCUGGAUAUGGGAUAGAUGAUGAUAUCUCCGGUAAUGAUGGGGCGGUAGAUCGAGAUCGAUAAAUACAAAAUGGAUUGGGCAUCUCGAAUCAGGUAGUCAAGAAACGAUAAAGACAGUCAUGCGGCCAGCAAUCAAUCGUCAAGGAAAAUCAUCUUAAUAAGACUUCGUUCUCGUUACACUCUAUUCCGUGAACAGCAUAUCUGCGCUCUUCGAUUGGAUCUUCGCGUUUCCGUAAGACUGUCUCAUAUUUUCGGAAUAAAUCAUUUUUUUUAGUCCUUUCUUUUUCCUUCAUAGGAAAAGAUUGACUCGAUUUUCUCUUGUGAUCUUUAAGACUGUCCUAUAUUAUUUACUUUCUGUCGUGCCACCUGUCGCCCUUUAUCACAAUAAAGACUGAAGUUUAAGUUAAUCGGUUCAUCGGGAAAUUCGCGUGGCCGACCUUUGAUCUCUCUAUCUAUUCUUCUCUUCUGAGAAACGAGAAAUAGUUCGAGGAAUUAUAUUAUCAAAGUUCAAAAGAUCACGCGUUGCAGAGCUUUUUCACAUCUCACACGCGCAUUCGAUCAAUCUCGUUUUGAAAGACUGAUCAAAAUACAAAGACUGAUUUGCUAUUGUCCCGUUAAUUUUGAUCCAGACCAUUGAAAAAGAAAAAUCGAUCACAUAUCUUUACGCAUGCAUAUCCUACGUGAUCUUAAUCCGAUAGUCGUUCACGGGAAAUUGUCGGCGACUAAAUAUCGUACGUGCUUCGCGAAACGGAUUUACGGUAUGUAUAUAUAGAUACAAAAAGGAUAUGUACUUGUAUGUAUAUAAAUGAAGAAGAUACCGGAUAUUGUCUAAUGUACAUGAAGGAAGUGGCGUAUAGCGGAAGUCACUCGGUGAACGGACAUAUAAAUUGGAACACAUCGAUUUUCGCUCAAGAUCGACGAUGAUGACGCGAAUACUGGACGAGCCGUCGCGAUAAAGUGAUCGAUCCAUGAUAUAUUACGGACGCGUGAUAUUUAGUGACGCAAAGUGAGACUAGUGUUACUGCUGCAUGAGGACGUAAGGUUACAGGAUGGGUUGUGGACAGAGCAAAAUCGGCAACAUCUAUCCGAAGAAUAAGAAGAAUAAAAACAACAGCGCGAAGAAGAACGGCGACUCCAUUCGUAACGCGUCGUCUGUGGAACAGAAGAACGGAAAUGGCAACGUCAAGGGCAACAAGACGAACAACAACGGUGUCGAGGUGAACAGAAACGAGGAUCAAAAUGGUGGCGUCGAUGCCAAGGGACAAGGAAAGAAGAAACCGACCGUACCUGGGGGUGGGCCUUUGUUGCAACAGACAGAGAUAUCCACCAGCCAGCUUGAUUUCUUCAAGAUGCUCGACGAGAAAAUUGAGAACGGUCCGGAUUACGACGAGAGUCUCGAUACAACUAAUCGAGCUGAGCGAGUGACCAGUUUGUUGCGCCGCUGGGAGCUAGCCAGCGUCACUUGGUCCAGCGUCUCCGAUCUGGACAACACCGCCUUGCCGUCUAAUCAGAAGAGUCGUGCGUCCGCACUGAACAGUCCCCGUCAGAACCUGAGCGCCAAGGACCGUGAGGGUAUGAGGAACAUAGUGGGUGGCAGGCCGGAGAGCGCCCCGAUUUUUGUGCGUAACGCGAAUCGCGUGGACGGGCUGCAGGACAGCGGCCACUACUGUCCGUCGCCGAAUAUGCCGCGGCACGUGCUCGAGUCCAUCACCCAGAGUCCGACGCAGAGCGUGAAGACGGCCACUCCGCCGGGUGGCUGCGGGUCGCCGAUCGGAUCGCGCUACGUUCAGGACAGCUACAGUAAGGAGUGUUGCUCGGUCGUGAGCACGGCCGAGCAACAACAGCAGCAGCCGAAGAAGAUCCAUUACGGCCAGAAUCCGAUGAACGGUGAAUACGUGACGCAGCAAGCGCUCUAUCGCGAACAGUACCUGCAGCAGACCGGUAUAAUUACCGUCGCGCCUCAGUACUCGACCGGCUCGCCUGGCGGCAACGUUCUCAGAAACAAUCCGUAUGUUCAGCACUUUCAAAUCGCCGCCAAUCCCCAGCACUUUGCUGCGCCCGCGAGGAGACGGGGUUUUAACGCCGCGCAGAUGACGUGACCGGGAUGGGAGCAGCGAUCGACGAGAUAAGACUGAACUUUGCGGAGAGAAUCGAGGAGGUACCCCCGAUGAGAAUGGUCUUUGAAGAGAGACUCAUAGGACGAAAAGACGGAGAGACGCUUUCUUCGUGUGAUGACUAAUAGAAGAAGGCGAGGAAAGGAGGAAAGAUGAUGAGAAGGAAAGUAAAAAUGAAAACAAUGAACUAGACAAUGAGAAUACGAAUCGUAUUCUGUGUUCGUUAAAGCUUUCGCGCUUUUUCUCGGUAAUGAUUUUUCUAAGAUUUUGGGAAGCAUGCGACGACAUCGAUGAUGGCCUAAGUCAUCCGAUCUGAGUAUCAUCUCGAGGAAAGGAAUGAGAAGAGGGAAGUACCGUUUCGCGUGAAUUCGCGCGCAUGAGGAAUAGAAUAGCCUUCGUUACAAGUGCCAAAAUGUUAUACAAGCGAAUGUGAAUGCAAACGUAAGGGCUCUACGCGUAUUGUCCGCCCGAAACAGUACUUUGUUCUUCUAUACUUCUGUAUUGACGCGAGGACUCGGAAUGUGCGUACGCGAUAUAUCUUAUUCGUCUACUCCAUUUCUGAUUUCCUCUUUUUCUAGCGUCUCCAAGUACUCACGUGAAUAUUUCACGGGUGGAAACACACGCGACCAGAACAUUUUGUACAUUACAUGUAUAUUAUACACGACGAGAAUAUAUAUGUGUACACGAAUGUAUGAAAGUAUGUAUGUGCAUAGGAAUACACGUGUGUGUGUGUGUGCGUGCGUGCGUGCGUGCGUGCGUGUGUGUGUGUGUGUGUGUGUGUGUGUAUAAAGGUACAUAAGUGCAUCUAAAAAAAAAAUGAACAAAAGAAGAGAUUGAAAUUAUAAAAAAUUCUUAUAAUUAUACGCUGUGUAUAGAUUCGCUGUACGUAUAUUGUAUGGAUAUGUUUAACUUAAUGUGAUGACUGUAUAUUUAUAUGUUGACCAUGUUUAAAGUUAACUAUAUAUAAUAUAGUUGAUGAUGAGAAUUUUAUAUUUCAUGUUACGCGCGCGAUUACGCUCUAUAUAUACAUAUGGAAUAUAUAUAUAAUCAAACUCGCUGCAUCACUCUCGAACUGUCGAUCUUAUACUUUUUGUUCUGUCGAACAAUCCUCCUUUUUUACAAAUAAAUUCACAAUUUCUCCCUAUA